AUGUCCACGGUCAGCUGGGACUUGCAGGACACCAGCACCCACUCGACGAAGGUGGUGAAGCUCUCUCGAGGACCAUCCCCAGACAACUGCGCUCGUGUGAUUUCCCAUCCUCGAUCCCAAACUGCUCAUAUGGUCCGUGAGGAUCAAGUUACUCAAAACCUUUAUAAAGAAAAUCAAGCCAUCAGCAGUUACUACAGGGGCACGGGAUAUGAUCGUGGACACCUGAACCCCAGCUGCUUCCAAUGCGGUGAUGGCCGUAAAGCGACAUUCACACUGACCAACGCUGCACCUAUGAAAGAGCGUUUCAACCGUGUCCACUGGAGGAACUGGGAGAGCACGCUGAGGAGUUUCUUAAAAGGCAUGCUUGACAGGGAUCGUGCUUUUUCAACAGCUUUCAUUGUCACAGGUACAGUACCUGAUCCCAAUGUACGGAUACCACAGAGGGGAACCCCUGGAGAUCGUUUUAGGGUGUCAGUGCCCUCUCACAUCUGGACGGCUGUCUGUUAUGAACACGACACUGAUGACAGUAAGUCCUUAUCCUUUGGCUACAUUGGAAGAAACCACCCAGAAGAGCCUGAUAUACGCCUGAUGAGUGUCUCAGACCUGAAUGAUCAGCUCAGCGGGCUCUACAGUGAGCUCUCAUGGACCCAGCAGUCAAUUGAGAUUUUUGUUGAUUAUUGUUUUGGUGACAAUAAUAAAGUUCAUGGCAUGUUUCAGAAAUUAAUUAAUAAAAGCCCAGGCAUCAGCCUCACUGAUAAUGGACAGAUGUGCUUGUAUGAUCACCCCUGUGCCACAUAUGGCUAUGACUACUACUGGUGUAAGACUAGCCUUGGUUACAUUAAAGAUGACUGGGAUUACUGCACUGAGGCGCAGUAA